AUGGGGUUCAUGCUGCGGGUCAGGCUGGCCUCCUUCUUCGCCGGCGCGGCGGCCGCCGGCGCGGGCGGGGGCUACUUCCUCUACAAGGACUACAAGCUCGCCAACGACUCCAUGGCCCUCAAGGUGAAAGGUCUCCAAGACUCUACUGACACCCGCUACAAAGCCCUUGAAAAGCGACUAGCUGCUUUGGAAGGUCAGCUAAGCACUGGGGCUGCACCAGAUGUGUAUACACCAUCUGAUUAG